UACUCUGUUCUGGAACGUGAAGAGAAGUGAAAAAACUUGUGCGGAUAUGGUGAAGAAGCAGGAAGAUACAGAAAACAGAGCCAUGUCCGAACCAAAAGCCAAAAUAAUUCACAAAUCUUCUUGUGAAUCCUAGACGGAUCUUGAACAAACAUGCCUGGAGUUUGGAUUUAUCUCAAGAAGUCUCUUAGCUGCUGCAAUGCACAGAAGUCAACUGACGCUGGUGAUCCAGAGAAGAACCAAAUCAAGAAGACUAAGAACCCAUCUGGGUGCUCAAGAUCAAUGUCGAAUCUGAGAAAUGUCUUGGUCACUAAUGGAGAUGAACGAGCUAUGCAGAAUCCAAGCUGCUUCAGCUCAAGGUCUCUUGAGAGCUCCAAGUUUAUAAACACAAUGAAAUUUGAGGGCAGUGCCGAUAAUUCUGGCAGAUGUAAAGAUUUUCUCAGCGGAGCAUCUUCUUCAGAUUUACUUACCGUUCGUUGUUCUUCUGAGAAAUUUGAUGUUGUUGGCUCUGACAUCUGCGGUUUUGGAGCUCUCUCUUGUCGGAAAUGUCAACAGAGAGUCAGAGAUCUUGAUGCGUUUGAGACGCAUUACCUUAGUAAUCACUCUGUCACUAGACUCUUACCAGGAGAAUUCUCAAGAACAACUGUGGAGUUAAUCUGCAAUACAAGCUAUUCUCACAAGCUUGCCAAAUCGAAAGGGAACACUAUUUCGGCGAUUUUGAAAAUCCAGAACUUGCAGAGAGUCGUUGCGGAGUUUGAAGACUACAGAGAACUCGUGAAAAUAAGAGCAAACAAGCUUUCGAAGAAACACUCUCGCUGUAUGGCUGAUGGGAACGAGUUGCUUGGGUUUCACGGUACAGCUCUUUCUUGCGCGCUCGGUUUGAGCAAGAGCUCUUCAAACCUCUGUUUCUCGGAUCAAUGUGGAGUUUGUCAUAUUCUGAGAAAUGGGUUCAAUCCUAAAACAAGACCAGAUGGGAUUAAAGGGGUUUUCACAGCAUCAAAUAGCUUUACAGCUCUUGAAUCUAUCGAAAUCGAUCAAGGAAGAAACAGAGGAUCUUUGAAAGCUCUUGUGCUAUGUAGAGUUAUUGCAGGGAGGGUUCAUAAACCUAUGCAGAAGUUUGAAGAUCCUUUUGGGUUUUCUGAAUUUGAUUCAUUGGCUUUGAAAAUGGGACCAAGUUCUAGAGUUGAAGAGCUUUAUCUAUUGAGUACUAAAGCUCUGUUACCUUGCUUUGUGAUAAUCUUCAAGCCAUGA